GCAGCAACAGAAACAUCUUCGGAGUGCCCAAUCCUUCCUCACUCCCUUUAUUUCGGAUCAAGGAGCUGAAAGCCAAUGAAGAAGAUUAGCCAAGGCAACAAGAAGAGAAAUAACCAGUCCUUUUUCUUUCCCUUCCUUCAAUCUCUCCAAACAUCAACAAGCCUAUUUAUGUAGUCGGAGACAAGAAGGUCUAUGCUUAUCGAGCAAAGAAAGGAGAAGAAGAGAGAAGCAAAGGCCCACUGGAGACCCUCAGCAGCAGCUGAUCAUCCCAUCUUUUUCUCGAACUUCCAUGGCAAGAAGGACACCUCCUUCUGAAGCCAACACCUUCAUCCAUCCAUCACUUCUUCUCCCCCUCAUCGCAGCAUGGGCUGCAGCUUCCAUCGCCAUCUUCUUCACCCUCUGCAUUUCUCAUCAUCGCAAGUCUUCAAGACCGAAACCACAGCCACAGUCAUCACCUUCAGCAGCAUCAAAUAACUCGGUGGAGAAGACCAAGCCAGCAACAGAAACAAUCGAGAGGUCGCCGCCGCCGCCGCCGACACCGGCAGUGAUCCAUGUCGAAGAACAGGAACGAUCAUCACCAACAUCAACACCUGCGGAGAAAACGGACUUGGUGAUCGCCGACGUCGCGAUACACGGACCAAUCGGCCCAAGCGUGCGGCCGUCAGCUUCGAGGCGAAAGCUGUCGAUGAGCCUCAGCAUGAAGCUCCCUGAUAAGUUAUCUAAGAUCAAGAUCAAUAGAAAAGAACGGAGAGAGCAGUCGGUAGAGGACUCGAUUUGGAUGAAAACUAUAAUUCUUGGGGAGAAGUGCAAGGUUCCGAGCGAUGAUGAUGAGGCGGCGGCGGUCUUCGAUGACAAUGGGAACAGACGCAGGAGCUACCGGCCAAGGACGCCAAGGUCGCUGCCGAUCUCUCGGAGCAAUUCAUUUAUGGGAGUUGAGCAAGGCUGUUCUUGAGGUCCACUCAUGGUGUCGUUGCACAAACUUGUCUUGGGAUCCGCUGGUUCGUCAGCAUCUCAGACUGCAGGAGUUUCUUGAGGUGAGGCAUUUCUAAGAGUUCAUUGUUCAUGAAGGACAAGCGCGCGACUUGGACCAAUGUUGCUCUACUUAUGUUCUUCUGUUUCUUUAUGUUUUUCGCUUUU